GUCAAAGUCAUUCCACAUUAGCCUGCAAGAUGGGUUCCAAAGUCCAACAAUCGACGUGGGUAGACUCCACUUUUUACACUCGAGUAAUGCUAAGGACACUCGCCAAUUGCACUCCCCAUCCAACACUUCCAUUUUCACUAGGCCACAUUAUUUUAGUUUUAAGAGGUGAUCAUUUUAUCAAAGGUAGAAGCUUUUGGACACUUAGCAUACCAGCUGAUGCAUCCUGGGGGUGGAGGAAGAUCCUCAAACUUCGGCAUAUAGCGAAGGGACUUAUCCAGCACAUCCCAGGUGAUGGCACAAAUAUCUACAUUUGGCACGAUUAUUGGCACCCUUCUGGACCAUUAAUUGAUGCAUAUGGCAGUAACAUUGUUAGGGAUGCAGGAAUCCCAUUUCAAGCAAAGUUGGCAAGUGUGAUUAAUGGGAAUUUUUGGCGGUGGCCUCCAGCAAGAUCUCCUCAGUUAGUUCAAAUCCAGAUGCACCUUUUUGACAUGUUCCCCAAAGAAGGUGAGAAAGAUAUGGUAAUAUGGAGACCUUCAAAUUCUGGAAAUUUCAAGGUUGGGCAGACUUGGAAUUGGCUAAAGAGGAAGAAGACUAGGAAGGUGUGGCAUAGAUUGAUAUGGUUCUCUCAGGCGAUACCUAAACAUAGCUUCAUUAGUUGGCUAGCUAUUCUCAAUAGGCUAAGCACUAAAGCUCGGCAAAGAAAGUGGACUCUUAGCAUUGUUGACACUUGUGUUUUAUGCAAUAAUGAGCUAGAGACGAGUGAGCACUUGUUCUUUAAAUGCAGCUACACACAGAAGAUCUGGAAAACACUUAGUGUUAUGGCAGGCAUUCCCCUAACUAAUUCAUGGCAGGGUCUAUUGCAUUGGAUGGGGAAAAAGGUCAGUAGAAAGUCCUUGCAGAAUACUCUUGUUAAGUUAGCAUGGAAUGCAGCAGUGUACCACACAUGGAGGGAAAGGAACAGGAGGAUCCAUCAAAAACAUUUUAAAGCUGAAGAUGAGAUUGUCUAUGAAGUUCAGUUUGAUGUGAGGUGCAAAAUCUUGGGAUUUGCUCAACCAAAGUCUUCUCCCUUGCCUAUGGAUAUUGCUAAGCAAUGGGGCCUGGAAGAUGUCGUGAAGGAAUAGAUUGGUGCAGUUUUGUUAGUUUGUUUUGAGAGAAUGUAUUCUUGGUAGUAGCUAAUUUGUUGCUUGAUUGUACAAUCAGUUUAUGGAUAAUAAAUUUCACAUUUUAUU